CGCUCAUUCAAGUCGUCAUAACGCUUCAUACGCCUCGUACUGGUCUCGAGACUUGGUCUGCUUUCGUUGGAGCGACCUCUCCGCUUUCUUUUGUUCUCAUCUGAAAACUCUGACAAAUUUGAUCAUCAAUCUGAGCAAAUUCUGAGCAAUUCUGAGUUUGCGGAUUUUUUGUUUUUUUCAUUUUGCGAUGACCGCCUACACAACUACGAGUGCUGCUACGGCUGCUGCUGCUGCUACGGCUGCUGCUGCUGUGGUUGUGCUUGUCGCAGCACUCGCAUGCCCUGGCUUGGCGCAGCAGAGCAUUGUUGCGGGCGUCCCGGUGCUCAGCGCGCUCAACUCGACGGCAGGACCGCAGCGAUUUGUGCUGUGGUACAGCGGUGCAGACAACGUCGCAUACCGCGUCUCGGCCUCGUUCAGCAAUCUGGCCACGCUGAGCUACACACGAGAUAGCACGACGGUGUGCUGCGAUGGCGUCCAAGGAUUUGCUCAGCCGUCUGUCGGGUGGACGUGUCCGUACAACCCGUCACCCGCCGCCGCCGCAAGACCCGCAUACGAGGUGAUAACCAUUGCGGCAGUCGCAGGCUCGAGUGGUGCAAGCAGCGUGGUCAACUAUGCCCUGGUUGUCCAGGAGCUCACAAUCGCCAAUCUCAAGUUGCCAAACGGAAUCCGCGUUGCCGGCAUUCUCGACCCGUACCAGAGCCAGACCUAUGUCAUCUAUCCCGGUAGCGAUACAUUCAUGUUGUCGUUGCAAGUUGCCGUGCCAAACUCGGGUCUGCGGCUGUUUGUGGGCAUAAACGCAUGCCCCAGUCGUUCCCAGAAUCCGUUGGUCACUUUGACAUCGGCAACGACCGUCACGCGCGUUCUCUCCUAUGCGCUGUCGAGUGCCGACCCCGUGUACUUGACGGUAGCACUGCCACGUCCAGCGUCUGCGUCGACUUCCAGCUCUGUCGCUCACUAUUCGAUUGGCUAUUGCUCCGAGAUGCCCUGCGUCAUUCUCGACCGAGGCGACUGCCCUGCAGGCUGCUCCGGGCACGGCCAGUGCAUCAGUGACAACACUGGCUUUGAUUCUUGCGUUUGCAAUCCGCCAUGGACAGGCGCCGAGGAUUGCUCCAUUCCAAUAGUGGCUUGUGCGUCGGAUUGCUAUGGGCGCCGGGAAUGCGUUCAAGGCGCAUGCGUUUGUCAAAAGGGCUAUGCCGGUGCCAACUGCGACCCUAUCACCUCCUGCUUGCGCACAGACAAGUGCACGUCACACGGCGUGUGCAUUGGCAUGACAUGUCAUUGCGAUGAUUUUCAUGAAGGCGAGGACUGCUCGCAAAAACGGCUCUUUAUUGGAUACUCGUCGUCCUCCGAUUCCAUUUCUGGAACAGUUCUCGGGCUCAGCUGCGCUGGACUGAUUGUGCUUUUGACAAUCGUAGCCUUUGUCAUGCUGGCAAAUUCGAUUCACAUUCGCCGUAUCGAUGCAAGAGCCACUCGCGUCGUGCUCGAGCCUGGUGCUCCUCCUCCUCCGCGGCGGACGCGGCCGACGACUCGAGAGCCAAUGAGUUCGGAAGCGGCAGAUGCCGCUGCCGGCGCUGCGCUAUCUGGAAUUAUACCGAACGCCACUGCCUUGUUGCAGCAUUGGCGAAGCUUAUUUGGAGACGCACCGCCACGAGCGGGCUACUCGGUGCAGUUGGACGACCUCGAGCAACCGCCAGAGUACACACCCACUAUCGCGCACCCGACGACUUCCGCCGACUCAUCACCAACAGUUCCGAGACCACUGCCUCGAGCGACAAGCGUUGAUGGUACACACGCACCUGCUGCUCCAGUUUCAUCCACCCAUUCGUACCCACCUGCAGUCGCUGCUCGCCCUUCCAUGCUCGAUGCCGUCCAUGCCGCGCAGCAACUUGCCCAUCGUCUUGCAUCAUCAUCUGGAAACUCUGGCGCGAGCUUGUCGCCGGAUAUCUCAUUGAUCGAUUUAAUGCACUCGGAAGGCAGCGAACGUGAAUUGACAUUGCGGGAGCUGCCUCCUUCCUACGACGACUCGAUAGGGGCGGGGUCGCCACCCUAGCACCGAGUGUGGCAAUCAACUGUACAGAUACUUGUCGUUUCGGCGCUUUAUGUUCGUCAUCUAAAGGAGAAAUGCGCGACUUUGUAAAAGAUGCUUUGUGUUCGCAUGGAUACGAGAAAUGCAGAGCCACGAUGCUUUAAAUUCAAUACAACAAUUGUAGUUUGGCA